UAAAGGUUGUGAACGAGGGGACGUUUGAAAUCAAAUACACACAGAGUCUGAACGCAUCCGCAGCUUUUAUUCGUGUGGUUUUUUAAAACUAUAUUUAUUUCUCUAAAACGUCUAAAAAGGACUGGGAUAGGGUGGAAACGUGAAGUUCGUUGUAUCUCUACUACGAACUGCGUCUUCUGGCCGACGUAGCUGGUAGGUAGCUGGGCUAACUUUACGUGCUGGAAAUCUGCCUCUGACCCUUUUAAAUUCUGGAUAAAUUUUCCGACGGUGGUCGCUGUCGGUCAUCGUGCAAUAAUCUAUUUGGAGUAUGGAUUCUUCUGCAAUGAUCAAGGUGGCCAUGGGCACAAAGCUACAAAGGCCUGAAAUGAAGUCAAACAGUGAUGGGCCGAAGCGUAUUCCUGUCUCACAACAGCCACAGAGGAUUCAGAAAGCCGUAGUCACACCAACUCCGCAUCAGCGAGUCUUGGGUGUGUCAAAUGGGCCUCAGCGGGUCCUCGGUGUGUCAAAUGGACCGCAACGUGUUCAGCGCCCUGUGAGCCAUCAGAAGCCAGUGUCUCAUGGCUCUGUUGUUGUGAAGCACACAAACCCUGCUGAUCAGAAUGUGAAUCCUCUAAACCCUGCACCACAACCCAAAACUUUACCCCCGCAAAACCAGCCACAGAAGCAGGUGUCCAGGGUGACGCCGGAGUCAACCAAGCCACCGUCGGAACCAGCAAAGUCGGAGAAGCCUCAAACUAAACCAACCAAGAGUGAUCACGCACAUGUGUCUUCUUCAAAGAAACCAUGGAGCCUGGAAAACUUUGACAUUGGCCGUCCGUUAGGAAAAGGAAAGUUUGGUAAUGUCUACCUUGCCAGAGAGCGACAAACAAAGUUCAUCCUAGCCCUGAAGGUGCUCUUCAAGAAGCAGCUGGAGAAGGCCGGUGUUGAGCACCAGCUGAGGAGAGAAGUGGAGAUCCAGUCUCACCUCAGGCAUCCAAAUAUCCUGCGACUCUAUGGCUACUUCCAUGACGCAUCGCGUGUAUAUCUGAUCCUCGAGUUUGCGCCCAGAGGAGAGCUGUACAGCGAGCUGCAGCGCUGUGGAAGCUUUCCUGAGGAUAGAAGUGCCACAUACAUCAUGGAGCUAGCAGAUGCCCUCAACUAUUGCCACACCAAGAAAGUGAUUCACAGGGACAUCAAACCAGAGAAUUUGUUGUUGGGAGCAAAUGGGGAGUUGAAGAUUGCAGAUUUUGGCUGGUCUGUUCACACGCCGUCCUCCAGGAGAUCUACUCUGUGUGGAACGCUGGACUACUUGCCUCCAGAGAUGAUUGAAGGCAAAACUCAUGAUGAGAAGGUGGACCUGUGGAGUCUGGGUGUCCUGUGCUACGAAUUCCUGGUUGGAAAACCCCCUUUUGAAGCAAAAACUCACGACGAGACAUACCGCAAGAUAUCAAGGGUGGAGUACACCUACCCUGCACAGAGCAACUUCAGUGCUGGAGCUAAAGACUUGGUUGCCAGGCUGCUGAAGCACAAUCCUAUGCACAGACUUCCCAUCCAGGGAGUCCUGACUCACCCCUGGGUAGUCGAGUCCUCGACCAAAGUGCCGACAACUAUGAACAACAGCGAAGAGCCCAGUCGGUGAUUGCUCUUACUACUGAGGGUUGUACAUGAGAGUAUUGCAGAACACGGACUUGGCGUACGUGUGGGACAAAAAUCUGCUUCUAUCGCUGGGGUGACAACAUCAUUUCUUCAUGUGGAUGGUUUCCAUCUGCAGAUAUAUUUGAGCCACUUGAUUUAUAUUUGUCGUCUUUUUAUCCUUUGACUUUCCUGUCUUACCAGUUUACAGAACCCCUAAAAGGUCACGGUGGGGGACUCGUAUAGUGCUCCAUUGAAAUUUCUUUUACAGUCCCUCUGAUCCAGACUGAAGUUAAGAGACUAGAAAAAGGGAGAGAGAUUAUCUGGCACUACAUGUGAUGCUUUUUAUUUUCAAAGGCCGAUCAUAUGCAUAGUGUAGCUGCUCUGUUUGGCUGUGGCUGUAUAUAUGGUUAUUGUUCGGUCUUCAGCUGCUGUCGUAGUUCAGUAUGUUCUUAUGGAUGUGUCCAGCUCUGGUACUAUUACAACACUGUCUGUAAAAAGCUAUUGAAACAACUCUUGUUUUCCUUCUAAAUGUAAAUGCAGACUUGCGCAGCCACACCGUGACUCUUCAGGGGCUCUGUACCAGUGACUUCCUGUUGACUGUAAAUAUUUCACUUUUUUUCCUUUCUUUCUUUUAUUUGCAUAAUUAGGCGAAUUUGUAUGGAAUGUAUCUAAAGUGUCAUCGAGUUGAGGUAAAUUAUCUUUCACUUUGAAUUUAACCAGUAUGUCUUUAUGUGUUCGUCUUGUUUGCAUUUCAAAUUCUCUUACUUGUCUCGAUUACUUGGUAAACCAGACUUUGCACUGCAUGAAUGCCUGAUGAGGGAAAUGAUUCUAUCACCUUGAAAGUACUGUUUUAUCAAUAGCCUCUAAGUGGGGUGUACAGUCAGCAGAUGGCGCUAGAAAACCACUGGAACUGGGAUAAUGUUACAGGUUUGAAUGAAAGUGAUUUUCUGCUUGUAAAAUAAAAUAUUGAAUUAAAAGGCUACUA